UCUUUAAUUUCUAAAAGUACUUCACAUUUUUCUAAUUUUUCGAAAUGUUAACAUAUUAUUACUUGUUAUUUUUUAAAGUUGAUAAUUUUUAAUUUUCCAAUAUUAUUUAAUUUGAAUUACUUUUGAUUAACAUUAAAUCAAUUAAAAUGGCAAAAUAUCGUGUAACUUUUUAUACAUCGUGUGUAAUCAUUUUUAGUAUUUAUGUUAACUGUGAAAAUGCAUUUCCACCAGAUAUUACAAAAAAAGCUUUAGACCUUUCUUUAAUGUUCAAAAACGUUCUGUUAUUCUUUAUCAAUACUGAUUUUGGUGGUACUCUUAAAAAUGUUGAAACAGUUCAAUUCAGCAAUCGAAUACUUGAAAAUAAGGUGAAUAUUUUAUUAGACUAUAAUUUAAUUGAUAAACUAGACAACAUCACAGUGAAAGACUCCAAUAGUGAUAGUCAAAAUAAAAUUGACAACACGCUAGAUUACAUAUCCGCAUAUGGUGACAAAAUAGCUUUUAUUUUAUCUAUAAAACCAAACUACACAAUUUGGUGGUUGUGGCAACAUAGUAUGUUUGCUAAUUCCAUAAAUAACGUCUUGCAAACGAAACGAGUAUCAGACUAUGUCAUCAACAUGGGCUCAGAUGAUAAAAAAAUGAAAUUUGUUAAGGUUAAUAGAGCUAUAAUAACAAUCAUAAAACAAUUGGAAAACUUUAUAAGAAAAUAUAAUCCUACGUUUAAAUUACCUGAGAAUUAUAAUGAUUUAUCUGCAGAUGAAAUUCUAAGAAAAAUCCCUGAAGCUUUAAACGAAUUUGAUAACCUAAUUUCAAAACAUUAUAAACGAGCUUGCCGAAAUAAAAGCGAAAUCACUAUAAGUCAUUAUAAGCCAAUUAAUUUAUACUUGUACCACAAUGUAAAGAGUGCUACAGCAGUUGAAUUAUUGAUGUCAAAAAAAGUAUACAUUAAAUGGUCAUCUUUUUGGGAAAACGUUGUAGAGAAUCACAAAGAAGCUGUAACUGAGUGGAUGAGUGAGUCCUACUAUAAUAUGAGAACAUAUUAUGAUUCCAUAUUCGUUUUAUUAAAAGCAUCAGUUUAUGGUCAUCUAAGGAUACACAUUGUGUUGUGUAAAAGAAUACUAAAGCUGUCAAAUAUUCAGAAUAAAAUUAAUCCCCCCAAAAGUAAAUUAUCUAGUCUAACUCCAUAUUGGAAGUCAUUGAGCACGUCAUUGUUAUCAUUUAUUACAAAUUUUGACUUAAUCAAAGAUGAAAAAAUAUCAAAAUUGCCAUUGCUAUUCAAAGGUUCCAAUUAUGAAUUGAAAGUCAUAGAGCAAUUGAUAGAAGAAGAAUUUAUUUAUAUUGAGAAUUUCGCAUUUAUCAAAGAAGACAAAAAAUUACUAUUUAAUUUUAUAUCUGGUUUAAAAACUGUGGACGAAUUAAUAUCAGCAAUAAAAUUAAACAAAAAUGAUUUGAAAAAAUAUUUAAAUGUAGUUUUUACUACAUUUAAAAACACUAAUUUUAGUACGGCUAACAUGUUUUUCGAGUGUAUUCCAAAAUAACAUAAUUUUACUAAUGUCGCUUAAAAAUCAAACAGUAUAGUCUAAUAGGAAAAGGGGUAAGUACUCCAAUUGAAAAAAGAUAUGUUGAUACCUUUAUAAAGUAUAAUGGAUGAACAUAAAAAACACAUCAUGAUUAAUAAAUCGAGUCGAAAGAUGUUCCUAAAAGAAAUCAAAUAAAAAAUUCUCAAUAUUAUUUUAUUUUUUGAUUAAUAGCUCAUAAUAAAUGAAUCACUGUAUUUUGUCAAUAUUUCAUAACCUAAUUAUAUUC